ACUAUAUUUAAUUGAGCGUGAGAGUAGGUAGGCGUGGCAUAAUCAAAGAUGGCGGAUGAAGAGGAAAAUGACAGAGAAUCAAUUCUAGCUCAUUUUCAAGAGGUAACUGGUAUGACUGAUUCUGAUCAGUCCAGAAGGUUACUAGAGACUCAUAACUGGAAUCUUGAGUCAUCUGUACAAGACGCCAUAGCUAUUCAAGAAACUGGCCAGCCUGUCUUUACAAUGCCUCCUAUGCAGCCCUUUCCCUCUCCCCCUCCACCUGCAAUAUCAUCAGAACUAAGAUCAAGAUCAAGAGGAGGGGCAUUGGGUGGAGUAGAAGAUGAAAGAGUCCUGAGGGCUGGAGGUAGUAGGACAACAGGAUGGUGGGAAUGGCUAAUGGGCUGGGCUUUCUUUCCGGUUCGUCUCAUCAUCUCAACAAUCAAUGAACUCACUCAAUUGAUACUACAAUUGUUUUUAGGUAACAGGCUGCCAGGUCCAGCUGCAGAUCCACUGAGAGACGUCAGUGAGUUCAUUGCCCAGUUUCAGCGAGACUAUAACUCUAAUGUCCCGUUUAUGGAUUCCAGCUACGGAGAUGCUCUUGAGGUAGCUAAGAAAGAGUUAAAAUUUCUCCUUGUUUAUCUUCACUCGGCAGGACACGAAGACACGCCCACUUUCUGCCGUGAGGUGCUUGCUAGCGAAGAGUUCCAUUUAUUUCUAAUUGCAAAGAAUAUCUUGUUGUUUGGAGUUGACGUCAAUAGCGAGGAAGGAGCUCGUGUCUCAUACAUACUAAGAGAAAGCAGGUAUCCAUUUCUCUCUCUUAUUAUGCUAAGAGGAUCAAGAAUGACUGUAGUGGGCAGGUUUGAAGGCUACACAGCAUUGCCUAGUCUUAUCGACAGGUUAAAUCAAUUAAUAAUGAUUAAUGAGCCGGAGCUGAUCGUCCUCCGAACUGAGAGGGAACAGCGGACACUAGAUCAACAGAUUAGGAGAGAGCAGGAAGAAGAAUAUUUGAAAUCUUUACAAGCUGAUCAAGAAAAGGCUCGUAAACGUGAAGAAGAGCAGCAGCGAGCCCGAGAGAAAGAAGAGAGAGAAAGAAUGAGAGAAAUGGAAGAAGAAAAGAACAGAAAACAAUUCCUAUUAGAGAAAGAGAUGAGAAGAAAUCGCUUGCCACCAGAGCCAGUGUCCGAUUCUGACGCAAUACAUUUUGUGAUUCGGUUACCUAAUAGUACUAGGCUGGAAAGGAAAUUUAGUCCAAGCGACCUUUUACAAUCGCUAUAUGAUUUAGUGUACUCACACGAAGAUAUUAACGAGAGGUUCGUACUGGUUAGCAAUUAUCCACGUCAAGAAGUAGUCUGCAAUGAAGAUGGAGGUCCAAGUUUGGAUGCACUAAAUCUCGGAAAGAAAUGUCUCCUGUUUGUCCAAUAUAACACUGAUUAGAAUAUUAUAAUUCAUGAUACAUCUAUGAUAAUCAUUAAUAAUUAUUGUUGUCAUAAUAAAAAUAUAAAAUUAUUAUUAUUAGCAACACUGAAUGACGCCUCUUUCUAAA